UUGAAUCAUUAGGGGGAGGAGAAAGAGAGGCCAUACUCUCGAGGCGACAUCAACAUUAGAGCCAUCGCCAUCUUCAACCUCACCACCAAGCCGCUUCCCAGUCGUCAGUAGGGACUCUACUCUUUAAGUUGGAUAGCGCCGUCGGCUCGACCCCCCCAGCUAUCACCGAAUCGUUCCGUUCGAACCCAGGCUAGCUUCUCCUCGCAUCACGAAAGCCGUUCCGUCCAUAGCCGUCGGAUUUCUUCUCUGAAUUUUUGGAAUUCCUUUCGGGCCCUUUGCACUUUUUUUUUGGAAAAAAAAAAAAGGUUUACACCCGAUCCUUAUUCUUUGCCUGCCCUCUUCCUUCGAGCCAAGCCUGCAUGCAAUCAUCGCCAACGCUGCUGGGGCUUAAUCUACGUGCGCGCACGCGUCCACGUACCGUAUCAAUACUCGUACUCCUACGCCUCCGGAUGAGCACCCGGACGUCGCGAGUUCAACUCUAAGAGCGAUCCGACCGUAGCUUUUUCAUCCUUCCUUCUCUUCCCCUUGCCCAUCAUGUGUUUCGGUAGUCGAAAGUCGAACGAGCAGGGCAGUGCUCGAUCGCGAGAGCUCGACAAGAUCAUCCGACAAGAUGAGAAGCGCAUGGCGAGAGAAGUCAAGCUGCUCCUGUUAGGUGCUGGAGAGUCGGGCAAGUCGACGGUGCUGAAGCAGAUGAAGUUGAUCUACGCGCAAGGCUUCACCAAGACGGAGAAGUUGGAAUUGAAGCCCGUCGUCUUCAGCAACGUCGUCCAAUCGAUGCGCGUCAUUUUCGAUGUUAUGGCCGACUAUUCGAUAGAAUUCGAGAACAAGGAGAACGAGAAAAACAAAGCGAUGCUCCUCGUCGACGUCGAAAUAUCGUUGCACGAUUCCCUCCCUCCAAGCUAUCUUGGCCCGGUCAAGGCCCUGUGGGCCGACGGCGGGGUGCAAAAGGCCAUCUUAAAAGGCAACGAAUACGCCCUGCACGACAAUCUAGCAUACUUUUGCGAAGAUGUCGACCGCAUCUGGGCGAGCGACUAUGUCCCCACCGACCAAGAUCUGUUGCGAUCGCGUUUAAGAACGACGGGCAUCACGGAAACAAUCUUCGACUUGGGCCAAUUGACGUAUCGGAUGUUCGAUGUGGGCGGCCAGAGGUCAGAACGGAAGAAGUGGAUCCACUGCUUCGAGAAUGUCAAUAGCCUCCUCUUCCUAGUCGCGAUUAGCGGCUACGAUCAGUGUUUGGUCGAAGACAAAGACGGCAACCAAAUGAACGAGGCGCUGAUGCUCUGGGAGUCCAUUGCGAAUUCGCACUGGUUCACCAAGUCGGCCCUCAUCCUCUUCCUCAACAAGAUGGAUCUCUUCAAGGAGAAGAUCGCCACGAGCCCGAUAACGUCUCACGGCUUCGUCGAUUACCAGGGCCCGCCGGACGAUUACAAGCAAGCGAGCAAGUAUUUCAUGGACAAGUUUAGGGCCCUGAACCGGAACCCUGAGAAGGAGAUCUACGGACACUUCACCAACGCGACCGACACAAACUUGCUCAAGAUUACCAUGGGUUCGGUGCAGGACAUGAUCAUUCAGCGCAACCUUAAGCAGCUGAUACUGUGAGUCGCCUGCUUCUGAUCUCUUUCCGAACCCACGCCUGCGAAACCGAAUCUGGCCAUACCCACAGACCCCCCUAGGGGAUAGCGCGUUUGGCCAGCGAUUUUGCGGCGUUCCAUUCGACACAUGGAGAAUGUCAGUGCGACUGAACUUUCUGAAGCAUAUAGCAUCAGUUUCUGCGCUCUCUAUGUAGCUGCUCGAUUUUUUACUAACGCAUCUCGACGACGCGAAGCGGCUUUGAAACCCCACCGCCUCCAGGCAACGCCAAAACCCCGCAGCGCGCCAGACAUUAGCCGCUGUCGUGAGCUUGAGAAGACUCAACCCGCCAACUACGAGCCAUUCUACGAGGGGAAA